AUGGAGCAAGAGAAAUAUUUACCCGAGCUGAUGGCUGAGAAGGAUAGCUUAGACCUGUCCUUUGUUCAUGCAAUGCGCCUUUUGGCGGAAGAAAUUGAAAAGUUCCAGAGUUCUGAUGAGAAAAAGGAGGAUGAAGAGAAAAAAUAUCUUGAUGUCAUCAGCAAUAAAAAUAUAAAGCUGUCAGAAAGAGUAUUGAUUCCCGUCAAACAAUAUCCAAAGUUUAAUUUUGUGGGCAAACUCCUUGGUCCAAGAGGAAAUUCCUUGAAAAGGUUACAAGAGGAAACGGGUGCAAAAAUGUCUAUCCUUGGUAAAGGUUCGAUGAGAGACAAAGCCAAGGAAGAAGAACUAAGAAAAAGUGAGGAAGCCAAAUAUGCACACUUGAGUGAUGAACUACAUGUAUUAAUUGAAGUCUUUGCCCCUCCCGGAGAAGCUUAUUCACGGAUGAGUCAUGCCCUGGAAGAAAUUAAAAAAUUUCUUGUUCCGGACUAUAAUGAUGAAAUCCGUCAAGAGCAAUUGAGGGAAUUGUCAUAUUUAAAUGGUUCAGAGGACUCACCUCGUGGGCGAAGUAUUAGAGGAAGAGGAAUUCGGGCUCCUCCUGCAACUCCUUCAAGGGGGCGUGGGAGUGCCAUUCCUCCACCACCACCCGGACGAGGAGCUCAAGUAGCAAGAGGAACGCCAGUGACCCGCGGGGUACUCCCGGUCCCACCCGCCACCAGAGGGGUCCCCACCCCUCGAGCCAGAGGAGUUCCAGCAGUACCAGGUUACAGGGCACCCCCUCUGCCAGCCCAUGAGUCUUACGAAGAGUAUGGAUACGAUGAUAGAUAUGGAGGUGAAUAUGAUGAACCAAGUUAUGAAGCUUAUGAUAACAGCUAUACUACACAAACACAGAAUCUGCCUGAAUAUUAUGACUAUGGUCAUGGAACAAGUGAAGAUGCCUAUGACAGCUACGCUCAAGAAGAGUGGACUAUAAGUCGUCCCAGCCUAAAAGCUCCGACUCCUAGGUCAACCAGAGGGAGUUACAGGGAACACCCCUAUGGUAGAUAUUGA